UGUGUUGAGAAAUCAGACAGAACAGAUCAGAACGCAGCUAGCUUUCGACGUUAAUGCUGCUAACAAAUUUUCCGUUCUAUUAAGCAAAAUCGUCGUAACUUUUCAAUUGUUUUAUUCCCAAUUCGCACGACGCGUAAAACUUGCCAACAAAACGAACUGUUGAGAAUAGCAGAGGCCAAAACAAACGAGAACCUUGCGCCGCGAGCUCAGUCGACUGAAUGAAAACGCACGCAGCCGUUGAGCAGCAGCCUUACCGUUAAAAAGCAAAAGCAGCGAAGAGAGUAAGAGCGUACCAGCAACAGCAAAAUCAACAACAGCGCAGCUUGGCGCUCAGCAUAAGAAUAGUGGGAGGCAGAGCAACAAGCACAGACCGUUUCUCGAGAGAGUCGUCAAUCAGGCAAAUCACAUUCAAACAUGGGUGCUGAUGCGGAGAAUGGCAAGAAGAUCUUUGUUCAAAAAUGCGCCCAAUGCCACACAGCUGAACCAGGCGGCAAGCAUAAGCAAGGACCUAAUCUGGGCGGUAUUAUUGGGCGCAAAUGCGGCACUGCUGCUGGCUACAAAUAUACGGAUGCUAAUAUCAAGAAGGGCGUUGUCUGGACAGAUGCGAAUCUGGAUGAAUAUUUGAAGGAUCCAAAGAAAUAUAUACCCGGCACUAAAAUGGUUUUCCCCGGGCUCAAAAAAGCUGAGGAUCGCGCAGAUUUGAUUGCUUACCUCAAAUCAAAUAAAUAAUUAAGGAAUACAAAAAAAAAAUCAAAAAAUGGGGAGGGUGCUAUCUUAAA